CAAUGUCAGUUUAAUUUCGUUUUAAUUUUGAACUGACCUUUAUAAUUUAAAAUAUUGCAGUUGUAUGAUUUAAGUGUUUUGGCCAAAUAAACUAAGAAAUCCUUGAUUAAUUGAUAAUAAUAUAAAUAAAAUGAAUAUACCCUUCCCUGUUUUAAUGCCGCGCCUCAUAGAUUCUAAGUGGUUUAACGCCGAUAGUCCUUGCGACGAAGACGCGGAAUUAACAAGUUUAGAACAAGCGAAUCAACAUUGGUUGAAUUCUAUUGGACAACAGUAUAUGAAAAGAGCGCCCUUAGGAAAAACAGAACCUGAGGCAAUGGAUGAAGAAGCGGAUACCGAUGAAGAAGAAGGAAAUGACGAAACAGAUGAAUCUGAGGACUCACAUGAUGAAGACGAGGAAGAAGAAUUACAGACAACCUAUUCCCCACCGAGAAAUAAUAAUGAAUUGGAACCGGACUUAGAUGUAAAUGAAGCAUCAGAGACCAACACAUCAGAUCAAAGAAUCCUCUCUUUACAUCAAGAUAGUUAAAAUAUGCAU